AUGGAUGACCAGCACCCAGCAGGAGACAAGAAAAUCGAAGUGACAAAGAGGUCCAAGUCGAACAAGGCUUUGAACAAGAAGAACAAUAAGAGAUCUGCUAAGAAAAUGAUUACAAGACAAACUUCAAAGCAAAAGAGCAAUGAGGAGACUGCCAAUCUAGUGAUCAACGUUCCUAGAGCCUACAAUCAAGCAAUGAAGACCAAGGAUAAAAACCUAUGGACUGUUGCGAUUAAGUCCGAACCUGACUCAUUAGAACAGAACGGCACGUGGAAACCAGUGAUGAAGACAGAAGACAUGAAAACACUGAAUACCAAAUGGGUAUUUAAGACCACGAACAACGCACAAGGUGGAAAAGAAAGACACAAAGCAAGAAUGACUGCAUGCGGAAAUGAACAAGGCUUUGGUGAGAUUUCAUGCUUACAUAUGCGGAUGUAA